UUGAGUUUGAGGAAGUCUGAAAGGAGAGACGCUCAGCCCGGGUAAUGUUACUAAAUAGGUUAUAAACUUUACUAACAUAACAAAACCCCGAGCCGAAUCGGAGUUUUGUUGUCCAUCGUUAAACAUAACUCAAUGUUAAAUUUCGAAGUUAGGAGCACUGAGGAGCACUAUGGCUAUCAUAAGCUAAUCUCAAGAAAGGUAUAAUGUAUUGUAUCUUCAGUGUUAUCUUUUGUUCGCUUUUUUUUUUUUUUACUGAUUGAUUUUAAACAUGCACGGACCUAUUCCACGUCAACAUGUAGUACUUGAAGCAGAAAAGACAUUUCGGAUAUAUAACUACACUGUGCUCACUGUCAAGUGAAGUGUAUUGUUUUCAAUGGAGAAAAGCUUCCAAGCAGAAAACACCAACAAUGAAGAUGAAGAUAAAGCAGCCGAAGAUGUUGUAGUGAUACCUACAUCCAAAUGUGAAGAAGCAGACUUCUGGGAAUCUUUAGAGAAGGACGGCAAAAUACAGUCCAAUGAGCAGCUGGAAUCAGAGAGGAUAAACCAAGUACAAACACAAAGCGACGAAGAUGUUUCGACUUCCUGCUUUAUGGACACAUGCAAACCUUCCAUAUCGAGCCUUUCUUCCUCAAACAGUGCAUGUUCAUCAUCGUCGUUUUCAGUGAUGUGUCUCACACCACCUUUACCCGCCUCUGUUGAGCUCUCAGCUGUGUUGACUGAUACCAGGCUCACCUUGGAUGUCUACCAGGGAGGAGCAUCUGUACUGCCACUGCUUUGGAGUUCUAUUCCAGGACAGCUCAGGAGGCUCCAGUACCUGAGACUUGGUUCUGAGGAUAAACACGCACUUGAUGGUGCACUAGUUGUACUCCCACAUUUGACAGAGCUACGCUCCCUUGCCAUUCGAGGGCACCGUUUUUACGACACUCAAGGAAACUCCUUGCCUGGGUUUCUCACCACUCUGCCCACAUCCCUUGUCUCCCUCUCUCUUCUGGCGCAUCUGGAUCUCUCCUUCAACCACCUCUCCGUCCUUCCAUUGUGUCUCCUCAGUUUACCUGCGUUGUCUUCCUUGGUUCUCUGUCACAACCACCUCUCAGAGCUCUCCCCCGAUAUAGGCCAGUUGUCCAGCCUCACCUAUCUCUCACUCAGUGGAAACAAGCUGGUUGCCCUCCCUUCGAGCUUUGGGCAGCUAAAAGAACUGCAGACACUGGAUGUUUCCAAUAACCUCCUAGAGGACCUGCCAAAUGAAAUUGGGUUUUUGGGAGAGCUUGUUAAACUGGAACUGUGCCACAACAAGCUGAAGAGGCUACCAGAGACCAUGGGUUUGCUCCAUUCCCUGAGGGAGCUUCUCAUCUUCAGCAAUGAUCUCCGCUUCAUCCCACCUAAUCUGAAGCAACUGCCUCUGCUGAAAAUCGAUGUUCGUGACAAUCCUUUGGGGCAACCGCUAACUCCUCUCCCUCUUCCCCCAGCACCUGAUGAAGCAGUCCCAAAUAUUCCCGAGUUGCAUCUCCUAUUCAAUCAACAUAAUUUUAGUGUUACGUCUGCUGGGUGUCAUGUGUUUCUCCCAGGGGGGAUGCAGCUGCUGUUUCCCCCGGGGUGCCUAAAGACACCGACGACUAUCGAGUGGGGCGAGAGGAGACCAAAGCGAAAGUGGGUGUUGCUCGAGGAGCAUGACAUUCUCCUCCGACGUCCACUGGAACUUCGACCUCAUGGAAUUACAUUUUAUAAGCCAGUAGAGGUGUGCAUAGGACAUCACCGUAAAAAAUGGAAGGAGGUUGUUAUACGGAAGUAUGAUGGGAACUCGUGGAGCACUUUACCCACUUCUCUCCGGAAAGGAAAUGAGAGAGACAGCAUUCACUCCCUUGGGCGUCCAGUCAGGCUGGCCUGCUGUUCCGUGAACCAGUUCUCCUGGUUUAUUGUGGUGGCCCGUCCAGUGAGGGACAGCUGUUCACUUUCACCAGAGGGAGCUCUUUUAGUGUCCAGCGCUGACCCGGGAGUCAAACUUGUCUUCCCUCCAGACUCUACCAAUCAAACCCGCACUAUAACUUUACAGGUGCUGCAGGUGUCUGUGCCAGAGGUACAAGCACUGUGCGGGGAUCCAGAGGCAAGUGUCAGUCCUCUUCUCUGCCUCUCACAAACUCCCAGCAUACACUUCCUACAACCAAUCAAAGUUCAGGUCCCAUUGCCACCAGGCGUUACAGGUCACACAGUUGAUGAAUCAUGUUUGUAUCUGCUGCACGGAGACCCCACGGCCCAAACCUGGACAGACAUCACGUCCCAAGUGUCCCUCUAUGUCACCCAUUUGUAUGCAAUUUUCUACAUUACACAUUUUUCCUGGUACUGGCUCUGGUACAAGACUCAAAGCUGUGUUAGUGGUAUGGUGAGAAAGGUGUACCAAAAGCUAAAACAGUUUAAAGUCCAGUUCAUGGCCCUGCAGCGGAAAACGGAUCCUGCGCAAGUCUUGCUGCAGUGUUUGCCAGCUAACAAGGUGGAUGACAGAGUGAAGUCACUAUCCGAACAGUAUGAUGGACCCCAGCCUUCCGACCUUUGUGACCUUCUGGAAGGCGAACAGUUCUUUGCCGGCUUUGAGAGAGGCUUAGAUAUCUGCACAGACAGACCCGACUGUGUUGGGGGAAGACUGUGUUUUGUGUUUUAUUCCAGUCUGAAGAAUCUGAAGGAAGUGUACAUCUCUCCUGCAAAGGGCCUUCAGGGUCCAGUGCGAGGAGAAGUCUCAUUUUAUAGAGGGGGGAUUCCCAGUGGUUUGCCAGAGGAAGUAGUGAGGAAGAGGAAAGGUCAUGAAAGCCAGUGGCUUGCAACUUUACCGCUGAGACUUCCUGCGCUAGAUGCUGAUAACAAGUACAUAAUUGAAGAAUUCCAGCUUCCUCCUCUAAACCUCGGUGAUCCUGAGAGCGGUUACCUGACGGAAGCCAAUCUUCUAUCCAUCUCCCUCCAAAUUGGACAGGAUUGGCGCAUGAUUGGCAUCAAUCUUGGAUUAAGCUACCAUGAGUUAGACCGCAUUCAAUACAAAUACAGGGACAAUCUUGGAGCUCUGGUGCUGGAGAUGCUCUUCCAAUGGGCCCGAGAACAGAAAAGGGCCGGACCUGGGGCGGUGUCACGAUUGACGGCAGCCAUGAUUGAAAGUGGCAGGCAGGAUCUCGCAGAUGAGCUCGAAGACAUAGUCAGUCUGGGAAGGCAAAAGUACACUGAAUCACUGAGGAGAGUUGGCCUGGAGGUGGAGGGGCAGCCCCUCUCUGAAAGCCAGCAGUAGAGAAGUUCUCACUGGGUGCAGCUGGCUUUCCUGUUUGUUUAUCCUAUUUUACACAACCACUGUAUGCACAUACAGUAUAUGACCUGCUGGUUGCACCUGUUUCACCUAAUGGGCUAAACUGUGUGAGAGAUUUCAAUCAGGUUAUUGAACUUUUGUAUUUAAUUGGGCCUUUUUGAACCCCAUAGGUUUCAAGCUGACCGGUCAUUACAAUGUUAAGCGGCUGAACGCUAGCAGCUAUUAACCUUUCUCACAGCUUUGACUCAUUUAAAGAAAUUUUGUCCCUGUCAAGAAAAUACUUGUACCUUGAACUGCCUGUUAGUUUUGCAAUUAUGACUUCAUCUAAUUUUCAUUCUGUGAAUGAUUACUGCUAUCCUUCAAAUACACGUUACAUAAUAGUAACAUUUGGCAUGUGCUGACUACUCCUUCAAUUCAUGUACAUCAUUAUUUCUCUUUUGGAAAACAGCUUUUUAUUAGCAGCGUUAGUUGGGUAUCACGGUGGAGUAAAAGUUCAAAUCCAAGUAAUGUACAGAAUGAAGUCUGUAAUUUCUUGUGUAUAAUACACACUCCUGUGUAAUUGCCCUACAAAAGCUGAUUUUCCUUUGUAUAAUACACUGCCCUGAUUUUCUGGUAUUCAUGCUCAAAGUUGUUGAUAAGUUCUCUUACCUUGAUAACAGUACUCAAACCUGGUUCUGGAUGCAGGCUGAUUUUUUUUUUUUUUUUUAACAGAGUGGCCGAGCUUUAUGAUAAUGCAAUGUUCCUUUAAACAUACUUCCGCUUGUCUGGCGGUGUCAUGCAAAACAUGCCAUCGAGUCAGUUGUGCUUUUACUCCUGGCCCUUUUCUGGUUCUCACCUGGCUUGUUUUAGGAAAAAAUCCACCUUAGAAGCUGUGUAUAUAUAUAUAUGGCGGAAAACACUCAGGUGACUUGAAGUUCCGCUCUGAGACGCCCAAUUUGGCUAAAUUUAGAAAUUGUCCGAUAUGCAUGUGUGAUACAUCAUUGGAAAGCUUAAAAUCUCAAUUUUCUGGGGGAAGAAAAAUUUUGAACAGGAGGGCAUUUGAAAAAAAAAAUAAAAAAAAUUUAAACAGCAAUUCCCUAACUUGAGGCGAGAGCACGCGAGAGCAGAAUUAAAGACGCCACAAUUUUAACGAGAUAUUAUCGCGUAUUUACCUUGUUUCGAUCCAAAAACUCCAUGUAGCAUGUAUCACCAAGUGUCAAGACACAGCUGUGAGUGGUCACAGCCAGAUUUUUAUUUUGUUUUAUGGGUGAAACAUGGCGAUAUAACAAGGGUCGUGAUGCAGAAAUCGCAGACAACAAGGAGUGGUUGAGAUUUUCUUUUUCACAUAGUUACCUUUUUAAACGUUAUUUUUCAAUUUUUCUUUGUUUGGAUCGAUUAUUUAUCUAACAUAUCGGAGAAAAUGUGAAAAAACAAAAAAAAAAAUUACAAUUAAGCGAUAGUUAUGAGGUAGAAAUCCGUGACUUUUUUUACAGACGCCAAUUUUUUCAUUGUGACGUAAUUUGUUUAAAAGUUUAAAAUAUGCGAGUGAAUAAUUUUUUUAAGUCGUUUUAUUUUUUUAAACUAAAUAUUAGACAUCAAUUAAUGAUUCUAAGCUCAAAAUGAGACAUUUCGAAUAAUAAAUAUAAUUGUUUAUCUUUUUAUGGCUAGGUUGAAACAAAAGCGGUUGCGUGACGUCUGUAAACGGGGGUUUUCAGGGUGAAAUGGACAAAUUAAAAAUAGUUCGGGGGCUUAAUGCGCCAUGAGUCUGCUAUGGCAGCAUAUAUACAUAUUGUUCUAUUGAACACAACAGUUGUUUUGGCUUAAAAUACAGCAGUUUCUUUUAAAGAGGAGUGCAAGAGCAGAAACUGCUUUGUCAGUCUUGUCUGUGUUUUCCGCCAUAUA